AUGGCGGUACCCGAGUAUCGCGAUGAAGUCGCCAUCACCUCUCCAUCGCCGACCCCCCAGCUUGCUUCCAUUUCCAACUCGCCGCAUCUUUCUGAGUAA